GGAUGAUAUUGUGAUUGUGUUGCCUUUAAAUUGACGUUGAAAAGUGAAGCGAGAGAGAGAGAGAGAGAGAGAGAGAGAGGUUUAUUUCACAAAAGCAGAUAAAACCAUGACGUUCUCCUCCAGUCCCCGGCUGGUGCAUCUCACCAUGUUCGUUUUACUCUGCCUGCCACUUCCCGUCCGUGCUGGCCUGCGUGUGUACGGCAUGCGUGCUAAAGGGCUGAAAGGUGAUUUUGGAACCGCUCCUGAUGCCUACGUGAAGCUGUUCGUCAGAAAUGAGUAUGUGAGCCAAACCUACGUGAUUAAGAGCAACUCGAACCCCUCGUGGAGCUCAUCCCUGACCUGGAGUAAAGCUCAAAUCACAAACAGCCUGAAACUGCAGGUUUGGGAUAAGGAUGCUAAGAAAGACGACCUUUUGGGAAUUUGUUACGCUCAGCUGCAGCGUGGCAUUUACACCUAUAAGUGCACUUUGAGCAAAGGAGGCACGCUGACUUAUUCGUACGAGUACAAGUGAAGUGAAUCAUCUGAUGUUUUCGACCUCGUCCUCGGUGUGUCUUAAAUAAAUAAAACCACUUUUUAGCAACUUA